AUGUUUGGCCUCUCCGAGUUCGUUGCGGAAGGUCGGCAGUUUUGGACAGGAAUCAAUUGCCAGAUCUUUGACAAUCCAGUGAGCGAGGAGUAUCGCGACCUUGUCACUAUUCUAAGUCACCCUCCGCUCAGACGCUUGGAGUUAUCAUUCGCUUGCGGUGAAGAGUCCAAACACAACUGGCCUUCUUUUCGUUCAGGCCACCUCUUCGGAGCUUUGAGUAAAGCGACGAACUUGCAGGAUCUUCGCUUUGAUACUCGCAUUCCCCUUCAACACAGAAUAUGGCACCAGUUUGUGGAGUCCGCGCAGAACGGUAUGCCUCUGCAGAGCAUGUUUCCCAUCAACGCGUGGCCUAAUAUACGUCGCUUUGCGCUCUCUCGGUCUUUUGUCAGACAGAAAGAUGUCAUGGCCUUUAUUUCUAUACUUCCAUCGUCACUCGAGUCGCUGGAGCUAAGUUUCCUCAGCUUCCUUCCCGGUGAGGGAACUUACAGGGAUCUACUACAGGAUAUGCGCUGCAAUUCAGGGUGGAGAGAGAGGCCGGCGGGCAAUCGGCCAAAGCUUAUUGUAUUAGUUGUUGAGAAUGAAUUGUUGAUUGAUGGCGCUGCUAUAGACUUGAGUCAUGCGGCUAUGGACUACGUCUAUCGCCACGGGGAAAAUCCAUUUGUAGAGGAUCAGAUUUUGGAGGUUCUGGAGGGUAAAGGGACGCUAGUAGAUCUUCUUGAUCCGAUGCAAGACGAACUGUAUCACGGCAGGGUCACGUCAGUCUAG